UUGGUAGACGCGAAGAGAGGCCAGGCUCGUGCUUUUGACAAACUUCUUGGUGACGAUAAGUUUAAAAAAGAAGAUGAAAAUUACAAUGAUGACAAUGGUAUGGUGAACUGCUAACAUUAAGAUGAGGGCAAGAAAUACUGGAAGGAACUUCUAUUAGACCACACAGAUAACCAUAUGUUUAAGAGAAAAGAAGUCAAAGGAAGUAGGAGUAAAAAGUACAAUAAGGAAACGAAAGAAUUCUUAGACAGAAAAUAACAAAUACAUCGAUAGUUGCCAAAUAUUCUCUUAUCCUAAGUCUCGAGGAAAGGGCGAUGAUGGCAAAUAAAUUUGGCCAAAAGUUAGAACUCAAGCACAAAAAUAUAAGUCCUUCUAUUGUCAAAGGAAAGCUAAUUGCUGAACGUAAGCAGAAGCAGAUUGAGGAUAGGAAUCUAAUCAAACUAAAUGUCCAGAAAUAGGUACCAAACUUAUAAUCUAUAGUGCAAUGGCUCAUAUGCAUUUUAAAGAAAUGCUCCAGCACAAGGAAAUCUCAUCGCAUGUACAUGACAAGAUAGCUUCAUUCAAGAAGUAAUAGCAGCAAUUAAAUUUCAAUCUGAAAUAAUAUAGAAAUAUUUCUUCUCCAACUUUAGACCAGACAAUUCUAAAGUCUAUUCAGGCUGAAGACUCUAAAGCUGGGAGAUCUUCAAAGAAAAAGGAUAGAAGGCCAAGACCAAAACUGAAGCAGAAUGAAUUUAACGGAGCUGUUACUUUGAUAAAUCCUAAUACUGAUUCUUCCAAUCGACAAGUUCUAUUCAACAACCAGCUAUUGCCACUGAAAGACAACUUGAGAGAUAUCCUUAAGCAUUAUGAUGAGUACGGCUUUGGGAAUGGAUUCGAAUUAAGUAGGCCCGAUAAAUA